GCAGAAUGAUGACGUUUACUACACGGCGUUCAGCGGUAACUUCAUCAGGGCGAAAUGUUGCUUUUUUGUUCCCUGGUUAAAUCGUCUCAUUGAAUGUUCAUUGACAUCUCUUUGGUGUUGCUGACAUGAAGAAGUGGCCCUCGCUGUGAUGCCUCCAGUCAUGUCUCAGAUCGACGAUCCAAAGAUCGCCUUCGCUUAUCUGCGCCCGGCCUGUGUCCUCCUCACCAAGGAGCCCACGCUGGCCAACGUGGAGACGCUGAGCGAACAGCUGAGAGACGUUCAGGCGGCCUCUCUGCAGCAGCUCCAGGAGUACGUGCUCUUCCCCCUCCGCUUCGUCCUGAAAGUCCCCGGGCAGAGGAGGGAAAAGCUGGUGCAGGCUGUGGCCGAGGCGUUGAGCGACGUCCUGGAGAGGACGUGCGUCCGGAGCUGGGACACCCUCCGUGACCUCUUCUCGGAGCUCUGCAUCUGCCUCUGCUCGCCCACAGACCCGGGUAAACCUGCGGACGCGUCGGAGGAGCUGAAAUCCGCCGUGCUGAGGUGCCUGGAUGCUCUGCUUCACGCCGCUUACGGUGACAUAGUCUUCAGACUCUAUGAAGCCGCCAUGCUGCCUGGACUGGGCGCUGCCAUAUCGCUCCUGUUGGCUUUAGGCGAGAAGGACAAAUCCAGAGACGUACAGGCGGCGGCCUUGAAGUGCCUGCAGUCGUUGAUUCUGCAUUGUGACUGCACCCAGGAGCACGUGGUGCCGUCGCCGGAGGAGCGGUGUGCUGUAGGUGGCACCGUGGCUUCGUUCUUACCUGGCAUCACUGUGGCUGCAGCCAGGAUCAUCACGGGAGAUCUGAGGCAAGGCCACGCAGUUACUGUCAGGGCCAUCAAGGUGUGGUCCAGGUCUGUGGGGCUGGUCAUGGACGAUGCCCAGCUGCAGAGCGGUCAGUCCUGUAAAACUCCCUCCCCAGACCUGGGUAGGAUCAGGCAGCUCCUGGUCCAGCGGACGGCAGACUGGGUGAAGGCUACGGCGGGGAAGCUGUGCGCGCUGCUGAAGAGGAUCAUCUCCUGCACCUCGGCCCACCAGCACUGGAGGGUGAGGCUGGAGAUGGUGGAGCUGGCCGACUAUCUGCUGGCAACGUGUAGUCGGUCGCUGAAGGAGUGCGUGGGGCCGUUACUGGAAGCUCUGGUGGGGGCGAUCAACGACGACGAGCCCAGAGUCAGAGCGAGGUGUGAGGUUGCUCUUAGAGACGUAUCACAGAGGAAUCAGAGUGGCACAAGCAGUAAGAACCUGACUGACGUCUUGUCUGAGAAUCUCCACUCCUUAGCCACCUCGCUGCCCCGGCUGAUGAGGACCUCUGAUGACCAGAAGAAGCUGUUCGUCCUCAAUGUGUUCCUCGGCUACCUGAAAGUCCUGGGACCCCUCGUCUCUGUGGUGCUAAACUCCGCUGCACACCUGGACAGGAUCUCUAAAGCAUUGAUGCAGGUACUGGAGCUGGAUGUGAUGGACGUGCGUGUUGUGGAGGAAAGGAGUUACACUGAUCCCGCAGAGAGCAGCUCAGGCUCCCUCGACUCCUACACCUGUCACACACACAGGAAGCAGUUUCUGUACUUCACGGAUGAGAAGAUCUUCUCCGUGCUCAUGGAAAUCUGCCGAACAUUAGGUUACUAUGGUAACAUCUACCUCCUCACGGACCACCUCUUGGACUUGUACCGGCAGUCGUCGGCGUACAGGAAGCAGGCGGCCAUGGUCCUAAACGAGUUGGUCAGGGGUGCCGCCGGCGUCGCCGUGGCAGCGCAGGCCAAGUGUUUGGACGGCAGCGAGCGCCGCGCUGCCUCCCAGGAAGACCUCAAAGCGGCCGUGGUGUCCGUCAUGGAGGAAUACACCAGCCUGAACAACUGGCACCUGGUCACUGUGAGUGAGGAGACGGACGCCGACCGUCAGGACCAGCAGCUGCUGAGUCCGCUCAGACUCCAGUCCAUAUGCCGCAGUGAGAUCAUCAGUAAUUCUGCCAGCUCUCUGCAAGUGAUCCCCUCUUCACCCACCUCCCCGCCAAGCUCGUCGUCUACCAUCCACCAGCUGAACAGCAACAUCUGGCAGCUGUGCAUCCAGCUCGAGGGCGUCGCCUGCUUCGCCCAGGCGCUGCGGCGCCACUUCCGCCCCCUGCUGAUGACGUCGCUCUACCCGGUUCUGGAGAAAGCCGGCGAAGAGACGCUCCUGGUCAGCCAGGCGGCGCUGGGCGCCAUGAUGGACAUCAGCGAGGCCUGUGGCUACUCCUCGCCCAAGGAGCUGAUCAGCGACAACUCAGACUACCUGCUGAACGACGUGUCGGUGAACCUGCAGAGGCUCAGUCAGCAUCCUCAGGCUCCGCGGGUGUUGAUGGUGAUGCUGGCUCACUCUGACCGCAGCCUGCUGCCUCUGGUCCGGGACAUAGUGCAGGAUGUGCUGAUGGCUCUGGAUCUCAGCUACGACCACUCCGCUCCUCUUUUCUGCUCUGUGCUGCACGCACUCAUGAAGGCACUGGCCAGGUGGUUUCCCCCGGCGUGCUGCAGGACCAGUAAGUCUCCCAGGUUUAAGACGUCUGCUGAACAGGAAGAUUUCGACGUCUGCCAGUUCCUGCUGGAUUACCGCAAGCAGAAGGAGUUGGCAGAGGGCAUUGGGAUUGAAGUGGACGAGACUGAGGAUCUUGACGUGCCUCCUCCUCCUCCUCCUCCAGAGUGUGAGGAUGCUGAUGAUGUUUGUGGUCCUGACAUGAAGGCAGAACUUCCCUCCCACCUGAGCAUUACUAAAGAUGUCAUGGAGCGUUGCAUUCACCUGCUGUCCGACCCAAGUCUCAGGCUCAGACUCAAGGUGCUGGAUGUGCUGGAGCAGUGUGUGUACGUGCUGAGUGAGAGAGAAGAUGAGCUGCUGCCCAUGGCUCAUCGCUGCUGGCCGGCCCUGCUUCAGAGACUCACCGACGACCCAUUAGCUGUCCUCAGAGCCUUCAGGGUGCUGUGUACGCUGGGCGAAACCUGCGGCGACUUCCUGAGGUCGAGGGUGUCUAAGGAGGUCCUCCCCAAGCUGGGCUCCUCCCUGGCACGGCAGGCUCCCAUCAGCGCCAAGGCCGGCCCGGUCUACACCCACACCCUGGCAUACAAACUGCAGCUGGCUGUGCUGCAGGGACUGGGCUCACUGUGUCAGAGACUGGAUCUGGGCGAGGCAGACCUUGACGCUGUCUGUGAAGCCUGUCUGCCCUACCUGAGCUGCAGACAGCCCAUCAGACUGCAAGAGGCUUGUCUAAGCGUUUUUCGACACCUAAUCCAGGUGGAUCCAGACGCCUUCUGGUUUACGUUAAACGAGAUCCACUGCCCUUCCUCCUACACACCGCCCCACCCCGACCUCCAGCCUGUGCAGCUGAGCGGGAUGGGCAGGCCAAGGGAUGAGUAUUCGGACAACGUGCUGAAGCUGCUGAGGGAGGAGUUUGGCUCAGACUCUGACAGAUAACCAGUCAGUCAGUUGAAUGAGCCGCUGAUUGAUGAGACGGACUCAGCUUAUUAAAGAACUGACUGCAAAAGUUCUAUUAACUGGGAAAAAAUAUUCUGUGUGCCUGUAGAAUGUUAAUUUUUGCGUAAAUUUCCAAACCAGGAAUAAAGCUGGUCGAUCUUGCUCACGGGUCCUAUGCUUCCCCUUUUUCAUCUGUCUGUCAGGCAGGUGCAGAUUGUAAAUGUAAAUCUCGUUUUCCAUGUCAUUUCUUUAUUUUUCAAAGAAGUGACUGAAUUGCCCUGCUUGGUUUAAAUGAAUAAAUUUUAUCACAUAAAAAUGUAA